CCAAUUUCCAGUUUCAGGUUCUCUGCACAGUACUGCACUCUGAAGGUGACCGGUCUGUUGAAACGGAAGAAGAUUCAUGGCUUCCAAACGGAUCUUGAAGGAACUCAAGGAUCUUCAAAAGGAUCCACCAACUUCUUGCAGCGCAGGUCCUGUUGCUGAAGAUAUGUUUCACUGGCAAGCAACAAUAAUGGGUCCCGCAGAAAGCCCUUAUUCCGGUGGAGUUUUCUUGGUUAACAUUCAUUUCCCACCAGAUUAUCCAUUUAAGCCACCUAAGGUUGCUUUCAGGACAAAGGUUUUCCAUCCAAACAUAAACAGCAAUGGCAGUAUCUGCCUCGAUAUCUUAAAGGAACAGUGGAGCCCUGCCCUAACGAUUUCCAAGGUGCUGCUUUCAAUAUGUUCAUUGCUGACAGACCCAAACCCUGAUGACCCGCUUGUGCCAGAGAUUGCUCACUUGUACAAGACAGACCGAAGCAAAUAUGAGACAUCCGCUAGGAGCUGGACUCAGAAAUUUGCCAUGGGAUGACUGUUGCAUGGUAUCCUACCUUCAAUCCAAUUACCUGUAAGAUUUCAAUAUUAAAGGUUGUGCCCUUCAUGAUUUGUUUGAAUAGAUUUGCCUCAUUUUCUGAACUGAUCAGUGUUUUUCAGACCUAGUAUUGUUGUUUGGUAAAUGAUUUGCCUUAUUUGUUUAUAGAUAUGCACUAAAGAUUGUUUUUACCCUUU